UAUUCAAAGUUUUCGAUAAAAUGUGAUGGAUGUUUAUGUGAUUCAUUACAUUAAUCCAGUGAGAAUUAAAACUCAAUUAACAAGUACAAGGUUCACUUGUACUCAAUUCACAAAUAAUUGUUAACAAUUAUUUUCUCAUUUCUUAAUUUCGAACUGUAUGCCAAUACUAUUCUCGUUAUCCUGUUGAUUUUUUGAUCGAAUAAUCAAAAUCGUGUCUACAUAUUGACGACGAAAUGACUGCUGUGAUACCAAAAAUUAGUAAAUUAUCCCGGCGAGUAAUACGAGUUUUAGGCUGCAAUCCUGGACAUUUCACGUUGCAAGGAACCAAUACCUAUAUUAUUGGAACCGGACGUGAUCGUCUGUUGAUCGAUUGUGGUGAGCCAGAAAUUCCCGAAUAUAUACAAGUGCUCAAAAAUGUUGUCAAAGAGAAUAAUAUAUUAUUGACUAAAAUUUUGCUCACACAUUGGCAUCCAGAUCAUGUUGGCGGUACGAAAAGCGUACUCGAUGAAGUGGCUCAUAAAGAAUGUAAAGUCUUUAAAUAUCCGAAUCCUGAUGCUGAUGAUUCCAUUACCAAAGGCAAAUAUGAGCUCAAUUAUCUGGAUGAUGAAGACGAAAUUCAUGUUGAAGGUGCAUCGCUCAAAGUAUAUUUCACACCUGGCCAUGCUAAAGAUCAUCUUGUAGUCUUCCUUAAGGAAGAAAACAACCUUUUUUCUGGUGAUAAUAUUCUUGGAGAAGGUUCGGCUGUUUUCGAAGACCUGGCUAGUUAUCUACAUUCAUUACGUAAAAUUUCUUCUUUGAAAGCAAAUAAAAUUUAUCCAUCACAUGGUCCAGUCGUUAAUGAUCCACAAAAGAAAGUUCAUGAAUAUAUUGAACAUCGGGUGCGAAAAGAGGAACAAAUCUUGGAUGUAUUAAGCAAAACAUCGGAUCGUUUCGUUUCGGUCGACGAAAUUGUCAAGAUAACCUAUCCAAAUCUAAAACCAGGUCUGGCUUUUGGUGCUCAAUGGAACGUGCUGAAUCAUUUGGAAAAAUUAUACAAUGAAAAUAGAGUGGAAAAACAAGAAGUGGAAGAUGAUAUAGCCAAAUUUCGGCUGAAAAUUUAAUUAAACCAUUCAUCAAUUAAUAAAAUAAGAAUUAGGAAACUAUUUUUUCAAUGUUAAUUUUUUUGUAACAGAAAUGGAUAAAUAGAUUUGUAAAAAAAAACAAAAUAACAGAUUAAGGUUAAAUAAACAAUUAAUGGGCACAUUGAGCCGUGUACAUUUGAUAAUA